AUGCCGAGGACUUAUGAUGAGGAGUGCAGCUACAUAGAAAGGGUGACAGAUGUCCAGUUUCGCAUAAAAAAAGGCUUUGUGCCAAAUAUGAAUGUCGAAGGUCGUUUUUAUGUGAACAAAUCUCUGGAGAAGUUAAUGUUUGAAGAACUUCGGAACGCUUGUCGCUCUGAAGGAAUUGGUGGGUUUUUACCUGCUGUCCGACAAGUUGGGAAUGUUGCAGCUCUUCCAGCUAUCGUUUCUGCAUCCAUUGGCCUUCCAGACAUUCAUUCUGGUUACGGCUUCGCUAUUGGAAACAUUGCUGCAUUCGAUGUUUCAGAUUCUAACGCUGUUGUUUCUCCAGGUGGUGUCGGGUUUGAUAUUAACUGUGGUGUCCGUUUAAUUAGAACCAACCUUUCUGAAGGUGAUGUACAGCCGGUCAAGGAACAGCUUGCCCAGUCUCUGUUUGACCACAUUCCGGUCGGUGUUGGGUCAAAGGGCAUUAUUCCAAUCGACCUAUUUAAGGAGUGCCUGGAAAUGGGGAUGGACUGGACUAUGAGGGAGGGUUAUUCAUGGGCUGAGGAUAAAGAACACUGUGAGGAGUAUGGUAGAAUGCUGCAGGCUGACGCCACAAAGGUGUCACCUAGAGCGAAAAAAAGGGGUCUUCCUCAGCUUGGUACAUUAGGAGCGGGGAAUCAUUAUGGAGAGGUCCAAGUCGUUGAUGAAAUAUUUGACAAUUAUGCUGCCAGUAAAAUGGGAAUUGAUCACGUAGGUCAAGUAUGUGUUAUGAUUCACUGUGGAAGUAGAGGGCUGGGUCACCAGGUGGCAACUGACUCGUUGGUUGUUAUGGAAAAGGCUAUGAAAAGAGAUAAUAUCGUUGUUAAUGACAGGCAACUUGCUUGUGCUCGAAUCCACUCACAAGAAGGACAGGAUUAUUUGAAAGGUAUGGCAGCAGCCGCUAAUUUCGCAUGGGUGAAUCGCUCUUGUAUGACAUUCUGCGCACGCCAAGCGUUUGCAAAAGUUUUCAACAUGGCCCCUGAUGACUUAGACAUGCACGUUAUUUAUGAUGUAAGCCACAAUAUUGCAAAAAUGGAAGAACAUUUAAUAGAUGGGCGACCUAAGCAACUCUGCGUUCAUCGGAAGGGUUCAACCCGUGCUUUCCCACCACAUCAUCCUCUUAUCCCAGUGGAUUAUCAGUUAACAGGUCAACCUGUCUUAAUUGGUGGUACAAUGGGUACCUGUAGUUAUGUUUUAACUGGGACGCAGCAGGGAAUGGAAGAAACAUUUGCAACAACGUGUCAUGGAGCUGGGCGUGCAUUGUCUCGAGCCAAAUCUAGACGAAAUAUUGAUUUUCAAGAGGUUCUGGAUAGGAUGGAGUCACUAGGCAUUUCUAUUCGCGUCGCAUCCCCAAAACUUGUUAUGGAGGAAGCACCAGAGUCGUACAAAAACGUCACUGAUGUUGUAAAUACCUGUCAUGAUGCCGGAAUCAGCAAAAGAGCUGUCCGGUUACGCCCAAUAGCUGUCAUCAAAGGAUAA